AUGAACGGCAAAUCAAGCUCGGCCAGCUUCCGUCUGGAGCUUACCAGCGUGGGCUGUGAUCUGGAGGCGACCAUCCAGCUAGACCGCUCGCAAUUGAACAGCACCGACAAUCCCGCCACAGAGCUGCACACACACAAUGGACCUUUUUCCGAGGCCAGUGUGCCCACCGUGGCCAUUGCGUCGGCUCUGGCUGCAGGCGCGGGGGCCUAUCUAAAUGCGAAGCUUUCUCUCUCGACAGAUCUGGCAGCCCUUUCCAACGACCGCGCUUUUGGCAAGCGGCUUGCGGCGCGCAUUGCCAGCCUGGGCGAGUCCACUACUAUCUACAAGCUGCUAGAGCGGGUGGUCGAGGAGGGACAUGGUGCGGCGGAUGCACUCUGGUUUGAGCAGACAACCUGGUCAUACAGCCAAAUCAAGGAUGCGGUUGAUCGAUUUGCUGCUCUACUCCAUACGAGGGAUGUCAAGGCGGGUGAUUUCGUGGGCGUUUUCACGACCAAUUCGCCCGAGAUGGUGAUCCUCCUCUACGCGCUGUCCAAGCUGGGUGCUGUUGCCGCGAUGAUCAACACUAAUUUGCGGGACGAUACGUUCAUUCACUGUCUCAACGUCUCGGACUCGACAUCGAUUAUCUCCACCCCCGAUAUCUCACAAUUCGUUUGCGCCGAUCUACCACACUUCGCUUUCAAUCUGUCGUCCUUCAACGGUGUCUCAACCGGACCCGUCGAGCUGAUCACUGCAGCCGAUCUGCAACAAUACCCCCCAUCCGGACUGGACCCUGCUAAGCGCAGCCCUAAAGACCUGGCAGCGCUGAUCUACACAUCGGGCACGACGGGAAAACCCAAGGCCUGCGCCGUUCGGAACAUGUUGGCUAUGGUCACCUCCACUCCUCUCAGCAUAGACGCUAAGAAUCCGUGCAAGUACUACCCUCUGCGCACAUAUUCACCCCUCCCGCUUUUCCACGGCACAGCCUUCUUUACCGGAUUGUGUUACUCGGUGGGUACCGCCGGGACACUUUGCUUGAGACGCAAGUUCUCCGCUUCACAGUUUUGGAAGGACGUACACGAUUCCAAAGCCACACGUAUUCUAUACAUCGGUGAGCUGUGCCGGUACCUGCUCUCCAGCCCUCCGACACCCUACGACCGCAAUCACAACUGCAUUGCAGCGGCAGGCAACGGACUCCGUGGCGAGAUCUGGGAGAAGUUCCGUGAGCGGUUCGGUGUGCCUGAGAUACGUGAGUUCUACCGCUCCACGGAAGGAAUCGCCAGAUUCGAUAACCACGGGGUUGGCGCAUGGGGUGCUGGUAAGGUCGGUUUCUCUGGUCCCAUCCGUCGCUUCCUUGAAGAUGACACGUUCAUCGUCAAAUAUGAUCCGGAGACCGAGAUGCCCUUCCGCGAUCCUGUUACUGGGUUCUGCGUUCGUGCUCAUUUGGGCCAGGAGGGCGAGGCGAUUGGUCGUGUGCGCGAUCGUGGUCUGUUGAUUGAGUAUCUGCACAAUGAUGACGCCACUGAGAGCAAGCUGCUGCGCGAUGUCUUCCAGAAGGGAGAUCUCUUCCAACGCACGGGUGAUCUGGUUGUUCAGGAUUACUCGGGCUGGAUUAAGUUCCAGGACCGCGUUGGAGAUACCUUCCGCUGGAAGGGUGAGAAUGUCAGCGCGGGUGAGAUCCGUGAUCAUAUCUGCCGCAUUGAGGGUAUUCAUGAUGCCGUGGUAUAUGGCGUCCAGCUCGCCGGGUACGACGGCCAAGCCGGUGCCGCUGGAAUCACUCUGGAAGAGCACUCCCCGGCCUUUGAGACUGAGUUCAUUUCCAACCUAUACAAGGAGCUGCAGAAGAGAGGAGUACCCUCUUACGCCUUUCCUCGCCUGGUUAGGAUCACCGAGAAGGUCGCAACGGGAGUUACUUUUAAACAGGCCAAGGGUGACCUAGUCAAGAAGGGAUGGGAUCCCCGCAAAGACUGGGGUGGGGAUUCUUUGUACUGGUUGAACGGCACUAAGUACGAGAAAUUGGAUGACCAGAGCUGGGCGCUCAUCGAGGGUGGCAGGGCCAGGCUAUGA